GCGUUUUCCAGCGAUGGUGGCCCCACGGGAUCAAACUUCAGCGUCACAGCCGGGCACUGGCUUCGCGGUCCCUGAUGGGCGAGCAUGAGCAGGUGGUAUGUGGCUCGACCUCGGACAAGGCUUUGGACUGUACCACUCACUGGUCCAGGACGCCAGAGCAGGAGACAUUGGCACCUGCCGCUUCUGAAGACACAGUGAGGGGAGAAGACUGGAGAGUACUGUGGGGCUCGGGGCCUCAGACGUAUGGGGCUCCGCCCUUCCCCUCCCAAGAUCUGCACAAAGAACGCUGUAAUGACCAGGAGCUUCUGAGGAGGCACCAUAAUAAGAAAGCCUUGGAGACCAGCUCUUCCAAAGUCAAAGCUAAGUCCACCAUGAUGAUCCCUGAUGCUCAGAAGCUUCUACGCUGUGAACUGGAGUCCCUCAAGAGCCAGCUGCAGGCGCAGACCAAGGCCUUCGAGUUCCUGAACCACUCGGUGACCAUGUUGGAGAAGGAGAGCUGCCUACAGCAAAUCAAGAUCCAGCAACUUGAAGAGAUGCUGAGCCCCAGCUGUCGCCAGGGAGAGAAGGAGGGACACAAGUGGGGCAUGGAACAGGGUCGCCAGGAGCUGUACGGGGCGCUGGCCCAAGGUCUACAGGGGCUGCAGAAGACCCUGCGAGACAGUGAGGAGGUGCAGAGGGCCCGGACCACCCGCUGCCUGCAGCUGCUGGCCCAGGAGAUCCGGGACAGCAAGAAGUUCCUGUGGGAAGAACUGGAGCUGGUACGGGAGGAGGUUACCUUCAUUUACCAGAAGCUCCAGGCGCAGGAAGAGGAGAUCUCGGAGAACCUGGUGAACAUCCAGAAGAUGCAAAAGACCCAGGUGAAAUGCCGCAAGGUCCUGACCAAGAUGAAACAUCAUGGAUACGAGACAUCUGCCUGGCCGGAGAUGGAGGCAGUGGCCCCGGGAGGCAGCAGCUGCUGGAAAGAUGACCUUCAAAAGGAACUGAGUGACAUAUGGUCUGCCGUCCACGGGCUGCAGAAUUCCAUCGACGGCCUCACCAUGUCCACAGGAGCCCGCCCCAGGGCCUCGAGCCUCCGGGGCCACAAGGGGCACCGUUGCCUGAGCCCUCCGCUCCCCUCCUGGGAUUCCGACUCGGACUCGGAUCAGCCACCUGGCGGCAAGAGCCGGUCCUUCCCACCCGCCUGAGCAGCCGGGACUGCUCUCCCUGAAGACCCCUGCAGAGAGAAAAUAAAACUAGCGAGACCCUCCCCCACCCCCGGACUUCUGCCGCUCCCUGUGCUGAGCCCCGCCCCCACCCCAUUUACUCCUCAGUGCCGGGGCUGCUCCUGGGCCUACAAAGCGACAUGGGGGAGAUGACCAGGUCAGGGGCCGUGUGUCCAGACCCAGGCCCCGGGGCAGGCUCUUCCACGCUGGCCCCGGAGCCUGCCUCUUAUGGGGGGCCCUGGCCACUACUGCCCGAACGCGGACACUAAGGCCCAGCGAGCGAAGGGCGCGGCCCAGGGUCCAGCUCGGAAGCCGCGCCCCCCUCCCCUCCGGCGGCCAUCCCCCCACCCCAGGGUCCUCCCUCUUCGCUUCCACCCAUCUUUCUCUCCCGAAUCUGUGCUAACACGGUGCCCUCUAAGCAACCGAAGCCCCGCCCAUAUGCUAAUGAGACGCCACGAGUCCCCCGCCCCACGGCGUCAUGCAAAUGAGGCUCCGCU